CACGCCGUGAAGUGAAUCGCUGAACAGACGCGCGCUCACAGCAGAAGAUGCACAUAACGGUGACUUUCUCGUGCACGAAGUGACUGUACAGUACUGCACCUGGAUAAAAUACUAUGGAAGGCCAAUAAUCUCUCUCACAGAGAGAGGAAAACAUGUCAGAGAAAAGCUGAGAUCAGAGUUGGAGUGCUGUAGGACCACACAUCAUGGCUGCCCAUCGCAUUCGAACAGCAAAUCACAGCACUGUGCUCCCUCGAUGCAAAUCUGAGGGCACGCUUAUCGAUAUAAGUGAAGGAGUGUCAGAAGCCACCCUUACAGUGCCCACGCCUAGUGCCUUACGACUGGAUGCCACUGCCUCAUUUAGCUCUGUCAGGGAAGUUAUUGCCAUUAAGGAUUACUGUCCGUCCAGCUUUACCACUCUGAAGUUCUCUAAGGGAGACUGUCUUUACGUUAUAGAUACAUCUGGUGGAGAAUGGUGGUAUGCACACAACAGUAAAGAGAUGGGCUACAUCCCAGCUGCCUAUGUCCAGCCAGUCAACUGUCGAGAUUCCUCGUUCAGCGAUAGUGGAAUGAUUGACAGCCUAGGAGAUACUUCAGAAGAGGUGAAAGAAAUGGACACCUCUGGGGAGUGGAAAGGGCCCUCGAAAUCACAAGAAUCAUUUCCACAAAAUGGAAAUCCUUUUAUUAAUAAGCGAUUGUCAACUAACCCCUUUCUGAAUGGUGGGCCUCAAAGCACAGCUGACCAAAACGGUAACCAGAAAUCAGCAAAUCUGUUGGGUGAUAAUCUCUUGUCUCCUAUCUCAAACAACAACAGCACUAUUAACAAUAAUGGGUUUGGAAGUGGGCUAUUUAACUCUGGUUCAGGGACUGGUCAGAAGUUUCGCAGAGACAACCCAUUUUUACGGAGCAAGCGUUGCUAUAGCAUGUCAGAACUAUCAAUCCUUCAGUCCCAGACUGAUGGAUCUCAAGCUUCCUUCAGUUACUUUGGUGGCAUGAAAUCACCUAAACCUGAGCAUUUUCAGAGUAUAGAGGAUUUCAAAACGGCAUGGUUGAAUCACCGUAAACUGACAAGAUCCUGCCAUGAUCUGGACUCCAUUGGUCAAAACCCAGGCUGGGGGCAAACCCAACCCAUAGAGACCAACAUAGUGUGUAAACUGGACAGCUCGGGUGGUGCGGUGCAGCUACCGAACAGUAGUAUCAGUAUAUAUGUCCCCGAGGGCCACGUGGCAUCAGGUGAUACUCAACAAAUAUCUUUGAGGGCCAUGCUGGACCCACCAUUAGAGCUUAACAAUGAUAAAUGCACAACUGUAAGUCCAGUGGUGGAAGUAAAACUCAGUAACUUGGAGACCAAGACUCCUGUCACUUUAGAGAUGAAGGUAUCUGUCGUGGUGAAGAUAGAGAGCCGCAAAAUGGCAGAGGUGGUUUGUGUGAGAAGCGACUGCAAAGAAGGGCCUUAUGUCCCAGUUCCACAUGCAUACAUGUAUGGAGAUACGGUCCAAGUCACUCUAGACAAUUUAGAGCCUUGUAUGUAUGUAUCUGUGGUUGCCCAAGCCCAAGUGUUGGCCCCUUACAACACAGUCUGGGAACACGUUGUAAAAAAAGUAACUCUUGGGGUAUAUGGGCCAAAACACAUCCAUCCAUCCUUCAAAACAGUGGUCUCUAUAUUUGGCCACGACUGCGCCCCAAAGACAUUAUUGGUGAGUGAUGUAAAAAAGCACUCACAGUCCACUCCACCUGUCAUCCUCCAGCUCUGGGGAAAGCACCAGUUUGUCCUUACAAAACCUCAAGAUCUUCAGGUCGGCGUGUAUUCCAACAUGUCCAAUUUCGAAGUAAGAGACCUAGAACAGGGAAGAAGCGUAAGGGGCUUUCAGAUAAAACUUGGCAAAGUGGCCCGCCUUGUCUACAUGAUCACAGCCCGUGAUUCUGAUGAAAUCUCAGACUUUACGUUACGAAUUCAGGUCAAGGAUGAUAAUGACUGUAUCCUUGCCCAGUUUUGUGUUCAAACUCCACCUCCUCUACCAAAGACAAGCACGGGGAGCUCUGUGCAAAGGCGUUUCCUGAAGAAAAAGGAAGCCAACAAAAUUGUAUUGUCUCCUCUUGCGGUGACCACAAAGUACCCUGUGUUUCAGGACAGGCUUGUCAAAAACCUGAAAUUUGCCAAGUUGUUGAAAACUGUUAUAAGACAAUCCAAAAGUCAGUAUUUGUUGGAGUAUCUUAAAGGAGAUAUAAUAACACUUUUGAAUGAGGAAAAAAUCAAACUUAAAGGACAUUUGUGGACCAAGGACUGGUACAUUGGCUUCUAUCAUGGAAGAAUUGGGUUGGUGCAUGCAAAAAACAUUCUUAUCAUGGGAAAAGUGAAACCUCCGCAAUGCAAAGGGCCUGAUCUUACCACAACGAUCCUUUUAGAGCAAAUGCUGAAGCCUUGCAUGUGCCUAACUUACAUCUACGCUUCAGUGCGGACAAUUCUGAUGGAAAACGUAGCGAGUUGGAGAGCGUUUGCUGAUGCCCUGGGCUACGUCAAUUUGCCUCUGGCGCAUUUCUGCCGGACAGAACCAGAAAGCGAGCCAGAGAAAGUUGCCUCUGUUCUUGAGAAACUUAAGGAGGACUGCAAUGCAGCUGAGGGCAAGGAGAGGAAGUCUUUCCAGAAGGAACUCAUGAAGGCACUUCUGAAGAUGGACUGUCAGGGCCUGGUUGCACGACUGACCAUGGACUUUGUACUGUUGACCACAGCCGUGGAGGUUGCAGGUCGCUGGAGAGAGCUUGCUGAGAAACUGGCUAAAGUGUCCCGCCAGCAGAUGGAUGCAUAUGAGGCUCCACACAGAGACAGUGAAGGACAGCUGGAAAGUGAGGCCAUGUGGAAACCUGCCUAUGAUUUCCUGGUCACAUGGGCAGCUCAAAUUGGAGACAGCUAUAGAGACGUGAUUCAAGAACUUCACACAGGCUUGGAUAAAAUGAAAAACCCCAUCACCAAGCGUUGGAGACACAUCACUGGCUCCCUUAUUCUUGUCAACUCCCUGGAUCUCCUGCGCAGCUCUGCCUUCAGCACCUCCCCUCAGGAUGACUGUGCCAUAUGAGGAGUCUUUGUUUAUACAAUAGUUUUUAGUUGUUGGUGUUGCACAACAAAUUGAAAGCCAACUGAGUUCAAAUGAGAUCUUUAGGGAUUUUAUACAAAUUAAAAAAACAAGUGACUUAAAAAAAACUUUAAUGUGAAAAAAGACUACAUUUCUUGUUAAGCAUAUUUUAUUGUUCACUGUAGAAUACAUGCUUUGUAAAUUUUGUACAAAAUUUAUAAUUUUACUGUUUAAUAUAUCAUGUACUAUUUGUUUGUUGUUUUUUAUGCAUGCUGGAUGCUACAUCCCUAUUUCAGCUUUUUUUCUCUGUUUAAAGUGUUUAUUGUUGAUACAGUUUUGCUGAUGCAUUAAAUACUUUUGUAUAAAUAUAAAUGCUGGAAUAAUAAGUGAAACAGUAAAAAAUGAAACUAUGAUGUUACAGAUAUCCAUCAGUAUGAUGAGAUUAAGAAAUAACUUUUGCUGUAAACAAAAUGUAAAACAAAAAAAUAUAGUUCAAAUACUUUGUGUAGUUGUUUCCUGCAUAACAGUUAGAGGCAAAGAAACAAUAUUAAUAUUUCUUACUGACACAAUAAAGCAGAAAAUAUAAAAAAUAUUUAAAAUAAAAGCUUUUUAUAAUGCAUCUAAUGUGCCUAAGAUGUUUGCACACUACUGUAUACAGUACAAUUCUGUAGACAUUUUGAAUUAACGUUAUGGAAAUGUACGUUAUUUUAUUAACAUGCACUUUGCUGUUUUUCCAUGAUGAUGUUUGUAGUUUAUGUAAUGUGAUUCAUGUAACUUGUAAAGACAUUAUGGUCCCGUACAAGAGUACGAGACCUUGCUGUGUGUAUAUCUAGUGUACACUAAGCAAAGUCUUAAUUAGCAUGUGUAUUAAUUCUUCCACAGACAGGCACGUGUCCUUUGUGAUAAAAAGAAUAAAACAAGUGUUUUUAAAAAGGUUCAAUACUAUGACUUUUCUCACUGGACACUUUUCCUGUAAACAUGAUGACUGUAUUGCAUACAAAGACAAACAGGACAGACUUUGCUUGACAAAAUGUUUUCAAGUUCAUUUUCUUGAAAUGCCAAAUGAAAGUUUUACAACUCUCAAGUUCUUUCUAGAUGUGAAUUCCUGCUUUAUCACUCCUGCGUAAUUUUUCUCACAGCUUGACAGCUUCUUUCAACAACAUUAUAACCAAAGUAAACAUUCAUCACUGUGGGUUUAACAAAAAUGUGCUUAUAUUUGCUCUUACUGGAGACAUGGGCAUGAAGGCUGCAUAAUUCACUUUCACAAGCCUUUAAUCAGUUCUCUCUCUCUCUCUCUUACACACACACACACACACACACACACACACACUGGGGCUGUUGAUAAGAAUUCAUCAGUAUGAUGAGUGUACAAAUAAUAAACGUAUACAGUCAGUUGUGUAGUAUUUUUAUGAAUGUGUGCAUAAUUCUAGAACUUUUACAAAAAUUUUAGCUUUAUUUCUCUCUACACAACCAACUUUUCAUCUAAACACUGCCAAGUUC